AUGAGGCACACGAUGAAACUCCUUGGUCUACAAGCAAGGCGGAUUCCGGCAUUGAAUAUUGCUUCCCGUGGUCGCCAUUCCGGAACCCUAAUAUCUGCUCACCGGAACAACCCUUUGCUGCUUCGCAUCGCUACGGCUUUAGACCAGAAGACACCAGUCGUUCAAGUGCUUGACCAAUGGCGAGAACAAGGGAACCAAGUCGAGCCUUCGGAUCUCAGAUGCAUCAUCAAGAAGCUCCAAGAUUCCCAUCGAUUCUCCCAUGCCCUCCAGAUAUCGGAAUGGAUGAGUUCACAUCCGGUUUACACUCUGUUCCCGGAAGAUAUCGCAUCUAGGGUUCAGUUGAUAGAGACAGUUUUGGGUCUAAAAGAAGCAGAGAAGUUCUUGGAAAGCAUCCCUGAGAGCAUGAAGGACUACACCGUCUACACAACUCUGUUGACCUUGUACACAAGAUCCGAGGACACUCUGCAUAAAGCAGAGCCCGUCUUCGAGAAGAUGAGAGAGCUCGGUUUCCUCCUGAAGCCUUCCCCAUACAAUCUAAUCCUAUCUCUCUACAGUCCACUGAGAAACAAAGAAAAAGUCAACGAGCUCUUGAUCGAGAUGGAAGAGAAUAACGUCGAGCCAGAUGACCUCACGGCGAACCACGCGCUCUUGGUGUACGCAGCUGUAUCCGACAUCAAGGCCAUGGAGAAGUUCCUGAGAAGCAACCCUGGGGUCAAACUAGAGUGGGGGACUUGCAUCGACAUGGCUAAAGCUUACUUGAAAUCGGGAUCAACGGAAAAGGCAUUGGCUAUGCUGCAUAGAACAGAGCUUUUGGUUGAUUCUUCGUCAAGAAAACCGGCUUACGAGGCUCUCAUGAGAGCAUAUGGCGAUGUGGGAGAGAGAGAGGAUGUCUACCGAAUUUGGGAGCUUCACAAGAGCGCGGGUUCGAGCAACGAAGGGUAUCAAGCUGUGAUUAGUUCACUCUUGACUAUAGGAGACAUGGAAGGCGCAGAAGUUAUAUACAGAGAGUGGGAGCUUGGAGGUCUGCCGUUCGAUGCUCGCAUCCCUAAUACUCUCAUCUCUGGAUAUAAUGUAAAGGGGAUGGAGAGAAGACCAAUUAAAUAA